AUGGACGAAGUGCCGGAGAUGAGAAGCUUCAAAUUCCCUGCUCCGGAGGGAGAAACAACCGCCGAUCGCCCUUCUCCCAAACCACGACGACAGUUCGCCUACUACCCGAACAUGAAGUCCUCGAACAAACCGCAGAAGCCGUUCAGCCGCAGCGCUGCAAAACGAGAGAGUGUCAUGGCUCUGGGCAGCAUCGAGCACCUGCAGCAUUAUUUCACAAAGACCGGGAUAGCGGCGGAAAGCAAUCCUCUGAACAAGAAGAACAGCGGGAUGGUACGAGCGAUUGGCGGUCCGUCGAAUCUCGUCUUGGGACCGCCAUCGCAGGACGACCCCAAGUUCGUACUCCCUCCGUCUCCAGUUAUUCCACAGAUCGUACGCCCGGCAUUCGCACCAUACGUCAGGACGCACGAGACAGAUCCCGAGAACCUUCGACCAGGCGUCAUCGACGAUCUCAGCGCGGUCGCUGCGAGAUGGGAACUGGAUGGCGGAUUGCAUGUGCAGGAUCGAGAGUUGUUGACGGCAGGUGGAGAACUGCAUUUAGAGGUGCUCGAGCUGUUGAAGACAACAACGCAUGCGAUACGGUCUGUGCGGAAUUAUCUAGUCUCCCUCCCGGACGACUCUGCCACGCCCAUGCAGCGAAACUUCUUCCGUCCGCAGAGCCUGCAGAGCGCAUCUCCACUGAAACGACGCGUCACGCAGGGCGAUUCAUCCAACGAACCUCACGUCCGUAUCAGACGUGACGCUCUCGAGGUUCUCACCGUGCUGCGCGCACUCGAGGAGGCAGCGCGGCUCCCGCUCGAACACGAUGCGUAUGACGCGCAGAGUGAACACAGCUCGUCUCCAGACGCGAGCGCCGCCUCCGAGCGCGGGCCGUCGCCAUCCUUGCACCUGGAAGAGCCCGCGUUCGUCGACAGCGACACGUCCGUCUUGAUCUCGUUCAUCGAGGUCGGAGGGAGGCAGAAGCCAAUCCCGGUCUGGGGAGAUGAGGCCGCGGCGUUUGACAUGACUGCGGAGGAGCGCGAGAAGCACGAGCGAUGGGACGAGCGGCUCGUCCUCGGCGGCGGGUGGCUCUACCGACAGGACAUGCGGCUCGCGGACCUCGUACGCGAGCGCGGGGUCGUUGGGCGCUAUUUGGACACUGUGGACGAAGUGCUUUUUGGCGGGACGCAGGACAGCAAGCGCGGAUGGGAGCGGGAGCGGGAGCGGGCUGAGAGUAAGGAGCGGGCAGACAGGGCGAAGGGCCGCAGGGUUAGCACGCCGUUGCUUGAGGGCGGGCUGAGUCCGAGGAGGUCGGAUCGGAGGGUUAUGUCUGCGAACAUGCUGGACGCGAUGAGGGAUAUGGUGCUGACCGAGGAGCCGGAAGAGAUGCAGUCAAUUGCUGAGGAAGACACUGUCGAGGAUGACGACCUGCCGGACUGGGCCAAGCGGUCGACGUUCGAGGGCAAUCCAUUGGGUCGCCUACACGCCCUCCUCAUAGCCCUCCUCCCAGCCCAUCUGCUGCCAUACCUCCCUCAAGCGCCGCCAGAUCGUGCGGCCUUCCUCCAGGCGCUUUCAUCUGGCCAGCUACUCUGCAUGGCCUACAACGUCGGCGUACGGAAGUCGCGCAAACAGUGGGGAUUCGUGAGCAAGGACGCCAUUCACGACAUCGCAACGCUCGAGAAGCAGUUGGCCGACGAUGCGCAGCAUCAGGACAAGGGCAAACGUGGAUGGACGUUCCGGCGGACGGAUAACUUGCGACUUUGGGCAGCCGCGCUGAAACUAAGAUAUUCCCUCCCAAUAUACCCACCUGUGCAGCCGCGGAACAGCAUCUCACCCUCGGAUAGCACGCGCUCGCUGAAGUCGUCAACGUCAUCGUCGUCUUUACGUCCGCCACCGGGGUGUCACGAAGAACCAUUCAUGUUCGAUGCGCCGUUGGUCGCGCGCCAAGACAAUGGUUGGGAGAACAUGCUGGAAACAGCCGUUCUCAAGUGGAUGGAUGCUGUCGUAGGAGAGCGGAGAGGAGAGCGGUAG